CAUUUUUCAGUAUAAUUUUGAACGUGGCCGUCGACUGACAGACUGGUUAAGGCGUCGUGUUUUAUAAACAGAACUAAAACAGAAAGUAUCGACAACAACAACAACAAGAACACAAGUUUUCAUAGUGACCACAGAACGGGUGGAUGUUGAUAAACGACGGUGCGGAAAAUUAUGUGAAAUUUGUCAUAGGCGCUCUAUGACUGAAGGAAAGGCGCGUGUUUUCCGUAACGUGCCGAAUAAGAGCAGAAAAAUAGAAAAAUAAAAAUGAAAAUAAAAAUAUGUCAGAAUACGAGUAAUUUAUAGAAAUAUACGACUUACACACAGCGAGAGAACAUAUGUAGGCAAAAAAAAAACACUUUCAAUUCAAAUCGUUCGUUUCAAUUGCGCCUCGAGCGCUGAGUAAAUAAGUUAUAAAUACAAAGAAAGAUUUUACAUAAAAAAUCUGCAUAAGAAUUUUCCAUAAAGCACCCAAAGACCAAUGCGUCAAUUAAACCGAAAUUCGCCUUAAAAAAACGUGUAAAUUUCCAUUAAAAUUCUAUUUAUAUAAAUAAAUAGUGUGGCAAGUGGUUUGGUGUGAUUUGGAUUGGUUUGUUAUUCGGUCUUCAAUUUGAAUUGCUUUGAUAUCCCGCAAUACACAUAUAAAGAAAACAUCGCUGGAAAUGCAGUAUUUACUUUGGUUUGGCGCGCUCGUCACUCUGCUGGCCACAGCUUACGCCAUCAAAUGCUACUCAUGCGAAUCCGUCUACGAGGCGAAUUGCGGUGAAAAUUUUCGAACUGAAAACUAUUUCAAGUACGAUUGCGACUUCACUGCCCCGCCCCGAUUUCUGGAGAACGAGCUGUCCAAAAAGAAUGCGACGGCGUGUCUUAAACGUGUUUUCCGUGAAAAUGGCGUAAUCAAAUUUGUGCGUGGCUGUUACUUCGGCGAAGUCAACGAGACGGACAUUGGCUGUAAAUUGGAUCCCACACUGACCGCAGUGCAGAAUGCGAGUUGUCACGUGUGCGAUAACGAGAACUACUGCAACGGGGCGGAUCAGCUGACGACGAGGGCGUGGAAGCUGCCUGCAUUUGGUAUCUGCAUUGUAAUCGCUGCAGCGCAGUUGCUUAACGGCGGCCAACGUGACGUAUGAAUAACAUUUUAGUAUUAUGCAUUAGUUGUUGCUGAAAAUGGCCAUGGCAAACAAAUGGAUGGCACCUAAUAAAAACUAUAUAAAUGUAAAUUAAAGCAAAAA